AUGCAUAUCGUAGCGAUAUUGUGUAAUAUGACGGGGAUACCCCAUUUGCAGUUUGAUUGGUCUGGUGACGAAACCGAAAGCAAUUUACGUAAAUAUCAUUAUACAGUCAAUGUGGCGCCAUCGGAGCAAGUAUUAUCAAAUGCCAUGUGGGAGAUUUUAAAGAGUAAAGAUUUUGAUUGGAAAUCAUUUACGAUCGUUUAUGAGAGCUCAACAAACUUAGCUCGCAUGCAACACAUAUUGGCCUGGAAACAGUUUCACAAAUCGGGUGUUAAAUUGCGUAAAUUUAGUCGUGGUGAUGAUUAUCGUGUUCUCUGGAAGAUCAUUAAUAAUUCUAGAGAAAAAUUUGUGAUUUUAGAUUGCCCGCAGGAUAUCUUGAUGGAAGUGGUAAAUGCUUCGAAAUUUUUCAAUAUGACCGGACCGUUUAAUCAUUUAUUUCUUACCAACUUGGAUACGCAUUUGAGUGGUAUAGAUGUUUUGUAUUCAAUGGAUUUUACCGCUCAUGUAGCUGCCAUACGUUUAAGAUCAUUUAUGCCAGCCCCCGUACAUGAUGAAAUGGAUGUUUUCGAAGCUGAGGAACAGGAUAAAAUCGUAUCUAUACGUACUCAGUGUAUUUAUGAUUCGGUGGUUAUGUAUUUUAAUGCUUUGAAACAAGUAUUUGAAUCGAUUCAAUUUCUAGAGCCCAGUAUAAGUUGUGGUAGGGGUUUUUGGCCUCCCGGUCAAGAGCUAAUUAAACAAAUGAAACAGUUAAAUCCCAAACAAAUAACUCCCCCCUAUAAGACCCAACGUUUACUUUUAAAUGAUUUUGGUAUACGUGAUGAUUUUAAUUUGGAAAUCUAUAAUCCUCUAAUAGAUCGUUUGACUCAUGUUUGGAAUAAACAUCAUGGUCUUGUGUCCUUUGAUAAAAUUUCAGAAAAUUCCACUAAACAGGCCAAAAAGAGAAAAUUUGGUGAAAAAGAAGAUUUUUCCCAAAAGAAAGUUAAAUACACCGUGGCUACACGUAUAGGGGAACCUUUCUUCAUGUGGCGCCCCGAACCCGAAGGUGUACAUUAUGAGGGUAAUGAAAGGUUUGAGGGUUAUGCUGUUGAUUUGAUUUAUAAAUUGGGUGAGGAGUGUAGAUUUGAUUUUGUGCUAGAACCAGUGCCCGACAAUGCCUAUGGUUCUCGAGAUCCCGUAACUGAUGAGUGGAACGGUAUUAUCCGAGAGCUUAUAGAUAAUAAUGCCCAACUUGGCAUUUGUGAUUUAACCAUUACCCAGGCUAGACGUUCAGUGGUCGACUUCACUGUGCCUUUUAUGCAAUUGGGUGUUAGUAUUCUGCAUUAUAAACCUAAACCUCCUGCCAAGAGUUUAUUUGCUUUUCUGCAUCCUUUUGCUGUGGAGGUUUGGUUUUAUCUUUUGGUGGCUUUGCUAAUAAUGUCCAUGGGUUUCAAAGUUUUAGGAAGAUUAUCUCAAGAAGAUUGGGAGGUUAAGGUUAUUAAUAAGGAAACUUCUAUAGCUGAGACACCCUGGUUCUUGAGAAAUACCUUAUGGCUGCAUAUUGGUUCUAUAUUGUGUGUGGGCUGUGAUAUUUUGCCAAGAGGCUUUCCUAUGCGUCUUUUUACUGCAUUCUGGUGGAUAUUCGCCUUGCUGAUGUCUCAAACCUAUAUUGCCAAGUUGGCUUCCUUCAUCACCGCCUCGAAGAUGGAAGGUUCCAUAAAAGAUCUACACGAUUUAGUAGAUCAAAAUAAAAUAACAUUUGGCACAGUUAAGGGAGGUUCCACUUCACAAUUAUUCUCGGAAUCAAAUGAAACUGUCUAUCGUUUGGCUUGGAAUAAAAUGGUUUCAUUCAAACCAGAAGGUUUUACAGCCAGCAACAAGGAAGGCAUGGAUAGAGUAAUGCGAGGAAAAGGUGGAUUUGCUUUUUUGCUAGAGACACCUAUAUUGCAAUACUAUGAACAAAGAAAUUGUGAAUUAAUGCAUAUAGGACAACCGUUUGGGGAGAAGCAUUAUGGAAUAGCGGUGCCUUUAAAUGCUCCCUUUAGAUCUAAUAUCAGUGUGGGUAUCUUGAAGCUAAGUGAAAAGGGGGUUUUGUACGCGUUGAAAAACAAAUGGUUUAAUAGCAACGAAACCAAUUGUGAUUUGGAUGAAAAGUCCGCCGAGGAGGAUAUUCAAUUUACCAUGGAAUCGGUGGGUGGUCUAUUUGUAGUUUUGGUAGGAGGCAUUGCCAUUGCUGUUGUAAUAGGUAUAUGUGAAUUUUUGUGGAAUGUACAAAAAAUAGCGGUUAAUGAAAAGAUCCAUCCCAUGGUGGCUUUAAAAUCAGAAUUGCAAUUUUUUAUACGCUUUUGGCUACGACGUAAGCCCUUAAAGACUUAUUACCAUCGAGGCUCAAAUUCCACUUGCCUGGGCUCUUCUACACAAUCUUCAGCCGUAACUGCUACUCAAGUUAAGGAAAACCGUAAAAAGUCUAAAAGAAAAAGAAGAGAAAAGGACUCAUAGUUAAGUCUUAUUUAGUUUAUUGUAGUUGUGUGUGCGUGCCAAUAUGUAUAAAUUUAUUGUAAUUUAAGUUUUGUAAAUAAAAAUAAAAAAAUGUAUUGAAUAU